AUGGCACAAGACAAGAGCAUUGAUAUGCCGGACGAAAUACUUGUUGAAUCACUUCAACUUGCGCUCGAACCCAAGCCAAUAAUGCCUGCCAUUCCCGGACGUCCAUGGCAAUUAUCUUGGGAAGAAAAACGCGAACUUAUUCGUCCUUUAUUUGCUGAAGCCAUGGCAACAUUUUUCUAUGUGUUUCUGGGCGGCAGUGCCAUUGCCGCAUUAAUUGUGAGCGGCGGUCUUGACGGUAGUCGCUUGUCGAUCGCAUUUGUAUUUGCGUUCGCUACAGCCUUUGCCAUUACAUUUUCAGCUCAUAUUUCUGGAGGACACUUGUCGGUGGCUUUCAGUUGUGCAUUCGCUGCAUAUAGAAAGUUUCCGUGGAAGACGGUUCCGCUUUAUUUUCUCUCUCAUAUAGUCGGAGCUUUUAUAGGCACUGCAUUCGUGUACGCGUGUUUUUAUCCGACAAUUGACGUGCUGGACCUUAAACCUAUUUCAGCAGAUUUCACUGAUUUGCCAGUCAUCGUAAAAGCAUUUGUUGAGAUUCCUAAAGAUUAUAUAUCUACAGGAUACCUUAUAUGGACCGAAUUAAUUGCAAACACGAUCUUAAGCUUUAUAGUCUUCAGUUUAAUCGAUCAUAACAACAAAGAGGUUGGACGUACUCCAAUAGCUAUCCCGCUUUUGAUAGGUUUUAUUAUAUUCUGUUUGAUUAUCGGCGUAGGGUUCCAAGGCAUUUCGAUCAAUCCUGCUCGUGACCUUGGUGGACGCUUAUUCAUUGCGUGUGUUUAUGGCAGCGAUAUUUUCAAAGUCAAAAACUAUUAUUUCUGGAUUCCGUUGAUUGUGCCCAACAUCGGCUCGCUUCUUGGAGGUGGAAUUUAUGAUUUGAUGGUUUACAAGCACGCAAAGCCAAGAUCGUUACAGCAAUAG